AUGAAACUUGAUAAUGAAACAAAAUCAUGUUUUAAUUAUGCAGAAUUAGCUUUUGGUGAUAUAUCACUUAUAAGUAAACCAAUAAGUUCAUCUAUAAAAGAAAAGCAAUGGUCAUCAUUAUUGUAUGGUACUACACAACAUGAGUUAUCAAUGCAAUUAAUUAUUGAUGAAUUAUCAAAACCAGAUUCAUUUUCUAAAGCAUUUCCAAAAUUUGCAAAUGUUUUACGAAAUGCUGGAUAUGAACCAGAAAAUUUAUUAUAUUUAGAAGAAUAUUUUCAAUUUUUAUCAAAAAUUAAUCUAGAAAAUAAUGCUCAAUAA